CAGACUGCCUCAGACUGGCUCCGACUGAGCACACUUAGUCAUCUUACUUUUUUACUCCCGUUAUUUCUCCAAUCACCUAUUUACCAUCAUCCAAAAGAAAACAAGGAGCAAUAUGUGCGGGAUUUUCGCGUAUUUGAACCACUUGACCCCCAAGACGAGACAGGAGAUUCUACUGCUCCUGGUCGGAGGAUUGAAGCGGUUAGAGUACAGAGGAUAUGAUUCUGCAGGUGUAGCUCUGGACUCUCCUAAUGGGGAAGAUAUUGCCAUCGUAAAGAAACAGGGAAAGGUCAAAGCGCUUGAGGAUGAAAUUUUCAGUCGAACAAAUCUGGAUCUGGAGAAAUCGACAGAUUCCCACGUGGGAAUUGCUCACACUCGUUGGGCAACCCACGGUGUACCAUCCGCCGUGAAUGCUCAUCCUCAAAGGUCUGAUCACGAUCAUGGAUUCGUGGUAGUGCAUAACGGGAUUGUGACGAAUUACAAAGAAGUGAAAACGCUUCUGCAGCAGAGGGGAUACAUUUUCGAGAGUGAGACAGAUACUGAAGUAAUUGCAAAACUUAUUCAUCAUCUCUGGACUCAGCAUCCUAGUUAUUCAUUCCGAGAACUCGUUGAACAAGUUGUCCAACAAUUGGAAGGUGCAUUUGCUCUUUGCUUCAAGAGCAAGUUCUUCCCGGGUGAAUGCGUCGCCACCAGACGGGGAUCCCCCCUUCUCGUUGGAAUUAAAACAAAGACUCGUCUUUUCACCGAUCACGUUCCCAUUCUUUACGGAAAAGAUGAUCUUCUGCGUGAAACCAAAGAGGGUGAAGCUACGACCCAAGAUCACAGGCCUCAUGGAAGGAGCACUGAGGUACCAGUGAUAUCACGAAGUGAUUCAACAGCUGAAUUUCAACCCCUUGUGGCUGAGGAAGUCGAAUACUUUUUUGCGUCUGAUGCCAGUGCUGUUAUCGAGCACACAGAUCGUGUUAUUUUCCUCGAGGAUGACGAUGUGGCCGCUGUCAAGCAAGGCACCUUGAGCAUCCAUCGUCUUCGUAGAUGCAUGGACGAUCCACACGCACGUGAAAUCACUAUUCUGAAGAUGGAAAUUCAGCAGAUCAUGAAGGGAAGUUACCAAUACUUUAUGCAGAAGGAGAUCUUCGAACAGCCAGAGUCGGUUGUUAAUACAAUGAGGGGUCGACUCAACUUUGAGAAUAAUUCGGUUACUCUCGGUGGAAUCACUGAUUACAUUCCUGAGAUCAAAAGAUGUCGGCGCCUGAUGUUGAUUGGUUGUGGUACAAGUUAUCAUUCGGCAGUGGCCACCCGUCAACUUCUAGAGGAACUGACAGAAUUGCCAGUGAUGGUUGAGCUAGCCUCUGACUUUUUGGACAGAAAUACACCAGUUUUCAGGGACGACGUGUGCUUCUUCAUUUCCCAAUCUGGGGAAACAGCUGAUACCCUUAUGGCGCUGAGAUAUUGUAAGGGUCGUGGGGCACUUAUCGUUGGAAUCACCAACACUGUGGGUAGCAGCAUCUGUCGCGAGUCACAUUGUGGUGUGCAUAUUAACGCUGGACCCGAAAUCGGAGUCGCUAGUACUAAAGCUUACACUUCACAGUUUAUUGCGCUGGUCAUGUUUGCGCUAGUUAUGAGCGAGGACAGGAUUUCUCUUCGCCCCAGGCGUCUUGAGAUUAUAGAAGGAUUAAAGAACUUGGAUAACCAAAUCCGUGAAGUUCUGAAGCUGGAUGAUAAAGUGAAGGAACUCGCCAAGUCCCUGUACCAGAAUAAAUCCCUUUUAAUUAUGGGUAGAGGUUACAACUUUGCCACGUGCAUGGAGGGAGCACUCAAAGUUAAGGAGUUAACUUACAUGCACAGCGAGGGAAUUAUGGCUGGUGAAUUGAAACACGGUCCACUAGCUCUCGUUGAUGAUUCUAUGCCGAUAAUUAUGAUUGUUAUGAGGGACCCGGUGUACACGAAAUGUAUGAACGCCCUUCAACAAGUAACAGCACGUGACGGAAAGCCGAUAAUAAUCUGUGAAGUAGGUGAUAAUGAAACAAAAGCCCUGGCAUCGAGUACUCUGGAGGUACCAAAGACUGUCGAUUGUCUCCAAGGCAUUCUAACUGUCAUCCCGAUGCAAUUACUAUCAUUCCACAUCGCUGUGCUCCGUGGCUGUAACGUCGAUUGCCCCAGGAAUCUCGCCAAGUCUGUAACGGUCGAGUAAAUCCCACUCCAAUUCUUUCUUUUUAAUUUUUUGAGAAUGCUCUUGAGUGUCAACAAUCUGGUAAGAUUGUUAUUUUCUUUAUGUUCUGAUCCAACAUAGGGAUAAGACACUGCCGACGAAAUAUCAGCUCAUUAAAUUUCUUUCACUCUUAACGAAAUAAGUGAUUAUGAAAAAAAAAGAUGACUGCAAAGGAAAACAUUCUGGCGAUUGUGCAUAUCUCGGUAAGAAUUUUUUUAAUUUUAAAAUGUUUUUUCAUUUUUUUCAUAGACAAUUCGAAAAAAUGUCCUAUUAUGGUUUCCUACCAAUUAGAGUUCGUCAAAUAGAUUCGUAUAAAAUCAAUGACUAAUUUGUCCCCUCCCCACCCAAUUACUGGAUCACAUUCUUCUGCUAUUGUUUUUGCUUUUUAGUUUUAUGACUAAGUCAGUUGCAUUUCUCUGUAUAAUUAUCGAAAUAUGAUCAAGAAAGAAGGAACAAUGCACUUUCCUUUCAAAUUGCAUUUAUCAGGUCCAACUAUUGUAUUAUUGUUACUGCUCUGCGUUAUUAAUUGUGAUUUAAAUAGUAAAUCGGUUCCAUUAGGUUUAGAUUUAUCGUAUCGUCAGAACAUGCAUGUGUUAGUUUUAAUCAUGAAUCAAUAGGAUUAAGAGUUAUUGACGAUGUGUUAACGUGAGAAUUUUUUAUUUUAAGUUUGGAAUUAUCUUCUUGAAAUUUCCAUGGUGUAAUCUAAUUUCUUCCCAACUUUUACAAGCCACAACGUUCAGCCAUGUGGCUCAAACGAAUUUAUGGAUAACAGAUAAUUCAAAAUGAUUCUUUCGGUAGCAGCAUUCUUAAUUAAUUCAUCACAACAAUUCAUGAAACCAAUGAAAAUAAAUAUAUAUAGAAUCAGCUAGUAAUAAAAUUCAAAUUAUUUAAGUUGGUUGAUAUUGGUUAAAUUAGAUAAAUGACCUGGACAAAAAAAUUGCUGGCUUCAAAACAUCGGCAAGAAUCCUUUUUGAUUUUUUUUUUAUAUGUAAAUUCUUUCAAACUCUAUGAAUUCCCAUGUCGGUUGGCAAAAGUCGAGGAGUAGAAUUAUUUUUGUAAUAUACCACUGUUCAUAAUCAUUCAACUUGAAGUAAAAUCAAAUGUUGUGUAAAAGUCAGGACGUUCCUAAAAUCAAAUAACGAAUUAUAAUAGGAUUUGUAGGGAGUAAUGUUAUGGAAUGAAUAGAAAUUUAUAAAAUCACGAUCAAUAAAUUUAUAUGAUGGUAUA